GAGACAUGGGAAAUUGACUUGGUAUGAUUCGACGGCCUUGUGCCUUGCGAGCUCGCUUGUGAUAAGGUGGUCGAUGUAAAAUCAAAGAGACUUUUCAGCCGCUUGGUGAUGUCAACAUUCACAAUCUCUCAUUGUUCCCAUGCCGCAUUCAGCCACUUUUUAAGAUAAAAGCGCACAGAUCCUUAUGGUGUGACGCCUAUGUAAUUGCGUGCGUAGCAUUGUUUGGAUUGAUCAAGUCCUCGUCUCUUGUACAGGUCCGGUCAUGCGUUCUCAAGCUGCUUGGAACGCCAGCAGAAGGCGGGAUCUGUGACUUAUCCUUUCAGGUGUCUACACCCCAUGGAGUAAUUCGCAUCUCUGCAUCACUACGUGGCAAGCAUGUUGUGAGGCCAUAGAGCUGAAGGCAGGAUCAAUAUCGAUGGCGGGGACGCCGCAGCCGGGCGCGGCGCAGGUGUUUCUGCGCGACGCGGGCCUGCGAUUUGACGCUGAGGGCGUGGAUGUUUUGCACUACAGCCAGGCUGCGCGCCUGCUGCUGGCAGUUUGCCGCGGCAGUAUCACCGCCUACAGCAUCGACAGGCCCAGCGAGCCGCCACAGGUGACCGAGAUGGAGCCAGGUCCGCCGAUUGUGGCGGCUGCCGUAUCCCCAGACGGGCGGCUAGUGGCGCUGCAGCGGACGCCGGAGCGGCUGGAGUUCGUUUCGCGCGACAGCCCCAACCUGUUUGUUCAGAGCGCGUUGCGCGGCAAGCACGCCAUCACCGGCUUCUUCUGGGCGCGCGCGUCCGGCUGCGACUUUGUCAUGGUGACAAAUGCAGGCCUGGAGCUCUACACGCUCGCCGCCGACCGCCAGGGGCUGAAGCAUGAGGGGAAGCUGCAGCACCCCAUUCGCUGGUGGCGCUACUCUCACGACAGCCGCCUCGCACUCCUGGGCACCGGGGAACUUGGCCUCUGGCUCCAGGGGUACCAGUUCACGGCAAAAGGAGUGGCAAAGCUGCCACCCUUCCAGAUAGCGGCCAGCACGCCGCCUGCCACGACAACGCCCCCGGCCGCCAGCCGCCUGGACCCCGCUGAUGUCAGCAUGCUGACCGUGUACGGGCGCGUCUACUGCGCAUACCUCAAUCGGCCAGCGCGCCGCCUGCUGCUGUACCGCUUCUAUGUGGACGCCGUGAUACUGCAGCACCAGUAUGAGAUGCCGGGCAGCGGGGUGCGCUACAGCGUGUUCGACAACUUACUAAUCGCGCACAUGGGCCACAGCGGCCGAGCGCAGAUCAUCGACGUCUCUGGCGGCUCCGCGCCGGUGUCCGCCGCGCAGCCCUUCGCCAUGGCGCCCAUCGGGGAGGCGGAGUUGCCCGCCAGCUCAUCGUCCAGCGUGGCGUCGCCCAGGGCCGUACGCAGGCGUUCCCUGCAGCCCCCCAACAUGGCCGCCUGGCGCUUCGAGCAGCCCAACCUCGUGCUGGAUACACUCACCGGGGUGGGGUGGAGGUGUGAGGUGGACCUGCAAGUGCUGGCGAGCUCCUGCAAUGACUCAGCUCAGCUGAUAGCGCUGCUGCUUCGGCGCCGCGCGGCCGCGCACCCCUCGGUCGACAUUCCCUCGCUCACCCUCUCCACCAUCAAGGCAGGGGGGUUGCUGGUCGAUCGGCAGCCCACCUCGGUGGCGCGCGCAGCGUUUGAUGCUGUGGCGGCCGCCUCCUUGGAAUUGGCGCGCGGGCCGGGCCGGCCGGCUUCGGCGUCCGGCCGACCCCAGGAGAGGGCAAUCGUAUCACCGGAGGCGGUGCUGGGCGUGCUGCAGUGGCUGCACGAAGAGGAGGCGGUGGAUGCCCCUUACCUGCAGGCGGCGCUUGCUGAGCUGGACGCCAGUCUGGCGGCUCACGGUAUUCCCUCUCCGGCUCGCCUCCACGCCCUCAGCCUCGACGUUGCCCUGCAACUCGGCCACACCUUCCAGGUGGCGGUCAAGGUGGGCCUGCAGCAGGGGUUGGCGAGCGCUGAUGUGGCGGCCAGGCUGGCGGAGGCUGAAGCUGCAGGGGACCUGCCAGGUGGCGGGCAGCUGGCGGAUGACUCACUUGCUAGAUUAGGCGCGCACGAGGAGCGCUGCCGACAGCUGUUGCAGCAGGGGCAGGUCAUAAGGGCGCUGCGCUGCGCUCGCACGCACAGAGUGGAGAGCCUGGCUCCCUCUGCUUUCCUCCAAGCUGCCGCCGAGACAGGUGAUCUGGGAAUGUUCACAGCGGUGUACCGCUUCUGCCACGACACAGUGCAGCCGCCGUUAGAUGACUGUGCCAGUGUUCUGGCAGAGCACAUGCGCUGGAUGCCAGAAGAAUGCCGGCCGGGUGCAACUGCACUCAUCGAAAGCCUCACGGCCUGAUUGGCGUCCUUCCAUUGUCCCAGCUGCAGAUCAGACCCUGCCCAGCAAAAGCUGUAACAUGCAUGAUGGGAAUUUGCAAUAAUCUGGAAGUCCAAAUGGCUUAAUAAGCAAAGUCCCCAUAUUGAUAGUGGUGAUUGUAGCAUAGAUCUACUGUAGAUAUUUUGACACACUUUGCUUCUUGUAAUUUUAAUGCUUACGGAGCUCUUGUGGGGCAAGUACCAUUUCAUGUAAGCGACCAUUUCUUGU